AUGUUGUCAGUUGUUGCUAAACUAGCAAAAGUAGCUAAAGGUGUCAUUGUUGAUAAAUAUGAGUAUCAACCUAAACCCCAAGAAGGUAAAGGUAGUGCUCAGCCUCAAUCCAAAAUGACAACGAUACCUACUUCAAGUCAAGGAAAGAUCCUUCUAUUUCAUCUAAGAAUGAAGAAGGUUUCUGAAAAAAAGAACAUUUCAAUGAAAAGAAGCAAGGAAGUUGGUUCCUAUGAUGAGAAUACAUCUCCUCGAGGAGACCAGCAUCCUUUCCAAAGGUGGAAAACUUUGAUAGGAACAAGCUGGCCAUUGGUGAAAAAAAUUGACUACAAAGAAAGUGGGAAAGGAAAAGCCAUCCAGGUGAUCAAAAGAGUGCCAGAAGUGGGAUUACUGGACAUCACUAAAGAUAGCACUCGAAUACAACCUUAUCCAUCGAAACAAGAUGACAUCUUCUUUGACGCGGCGGAUGUCUUUCUUGAAAAAUCUGUUGCCAGAUUUAGGGAAUCGACCUUUCAAGUAUGUUUUCCAUUAGGAAUUGGAUUCAUAAUUUGGUGGACUGCAUUGCCUGAGUUUGUAAUUGAACAGGUGCCUGAAUCCUGCCUUGAUCAUAAAUGGAUCAAGAUAUGGAUAAAGGUAAUGGGAAUAUCUACCGUAUUAGAAAAAGGUGAACCUGAUGAGAAUGGUACUAUAGGGGGUAUUCCCCUGACUGACCUGGUAAACUCGGAAUCAAAAGAAUACUUAGAAAGAAUAACCUUCGAUCCCCUGGAUAUCAAUAAAGGUCUAAACAGAAAGCAUACUAUUGCGGUACUCUUUGUUGCCUUUUUAGCAUUAACCUUGGGUUGCGAAGAAGCAUUGAAGAUACCAGUAGAAGAUUUGAUGAUAUAG